AUGGGAAAUCAGUUCGACGUCAAGAUCGGCUUCGUAAGCGCCUGCAAUUUACCAGUCGGCGACUUCUUCCACGGCGACUCAGACCCGUACAUCAUCGCAAGAAUCCAAAACAACGACGACGAUUCACUCAUCUACCGUACUGAUACGGUCCACAACACCACGGAACCGACAUGGGACAAUGAUUGGUGGCAUGUAGCUGGUGUCCGAUCCGGUGCGCGCCUCGAAUUGAAGUUGGAGGAUGAGGAUCCGGAUAAGCAUACAGACGAUAAACUGGGAGAAGGGGAGUACAUGCUGGAUGAUUUGGGAGCACUAGUGGACGGAGGAGAGAAGGAGAUCGAAGUGCACAUCCACAAGCGGAAAUCGAAUCCCAGGAUUCUGCUUGGCACGGCAUUGCUGGGUAUGAUGCACCCAAAACGGGCACAGGCACAUGCAAUGGUCAAACUGCGUAUCACCAUCACCAAAUCAGAAAAGUCACCCGGACGCCUCCUCCUUCUAGGUCCCCGAAAAUACAGCAUCCAUCGCUCUCCACUCGUUGGACGCAUGGCAGGGACCACAGACACCGACGACGCCCCCGCCUUCCUCGCAUUCCGUCUCCAACUCCUCGAUGUACCGCAGGAUCUGCAGUUUGAAUACACAAUGAAACGCCCGGAGAUUGUCUCCAUGUUCGCCGAUAACAUCAAAGGCCGACUCAUCCGUCGUGCAGUCAAGAGCCAACAUGACACCAUCUACGGCUAUGACCGGAAAACCAUCUAUGGCCGAAUCGAGCGGGAACAGAUGGCGGCCGUACUGCUGGAGAUGACGGACUGCGUGGAGGAUAGAGAGGAUAGGACGAAGGACAAAUUGUUUACGUACGCGAUUACCCUAGACGGUGUUUUGCAUUUCACGGAGACGGGAAGUCAGUAUCUGAUUGAUCACUUGAGCAAGCACAGUAUGCAUGCAAACGCUGCUCCUGUCGUGGUAUGUUCCGGCGAGUUCUUUAUCCGGAGACGGGGGAGUGAGGAUGGGGAGGAUGAUAACAGCAUGACCAAUGGGCGGGAUGAUUCAGAGGUGGAUGUCAUACCGGAGGUUGAGGAGGCUGUUAUGGAGAACGCGGAUAAGGUUCAGCGGAGUCAGGAGGCGAAGAAGCAUGGUGAGGAGGGGAAUAUUGACUGGAGCAAACACGAGCGGAAAGACCAUCACCAAUCGUCACUGAAACCAAAGAUCAACCUUUCGAAGUAUAUCCUCGUCAUCGACAACGAUUCCGGGACAUAUAUGCCCUCAGCCGACCGUCUCCCCGACUUCCAGAAAUUCCUGGAACAUAACCUCCCUGGACUUGAAGUCCGGGCGCUUAGUCGUGAUGACGAGAAACUGAAGAAGUGGAAAGAGGAGCAUAAUGAGAGGAAGGAGGAGGUCGAACCGGUGGGGUUGGCAAGUAGUGGAAGCAGUAGUAGUGCGAGUUCGGUUAGUUCCGUGGACAGGGAGGAGGUUGAUGGUGGGAAAGGUGGGUUCAUGGGGAAGUUGAGGGGAAAGAAGCACAGUUGGAGGACGGCGUUGUCGGGCUUGGGAUCGAGAUAA